UGGCUGCUCCGGGACAUCCUCUGGGGCCCUUGGACUCCAGGGGAAGUUUCUCUCUGGGCUCUGUGCAGGCCCCCAAAGCCCACUCCUCCUCUAUCCCUGAGUCAGAGAUCCCUUUCCCUCCCUCUAGCCCUGACUUCAGCUCAGGCCGGUGUCUCCCACCCAGAAGGUGCCAAGGAGGUGUAAGCUAAACAUGAGAGGGACUGUAUCCCAGAAAAAAAGGGGCUCGAGCGUCCCCACCCCAGCUGUAUAACCCCAAACCUCGGGCCCCGCUAGGUCAGGCCCUUUACAGAGCAGCAUGCCAGAGCCUCGACUCCUGCUGUCUUCCUGGCCUGGUCCAUGGCCCUGGGAUCCCCGGCCUUCACAGAUUGGAAAAUGGAAAUAUCGACCCCCAUCCAGCCCAUUUUGCAGGGCUUCUGGGAACUUGGUUAGUGGGGACCAUGAAGGACAGUUGUCUGUUUCACAACUGCUCAUCAGAUGGGAAGGAAAUGGGCCUGGCUGUGGGUAGAACUGGCCCCUGGCAGGAGCAAUAGGAGCUGUACUGAGGCUGCAACCCUGGCCUCUCACUCCCUCUCUGUGCCUCAGUUUCCCCAUCUGUAGCAUGGGGAUAGAAACAAUACUGACAUCCUCGGGUCACUCCAGGACUAAAUGAGGUUCCACACACCUGCAGCUUCAGUGAUGCUUAUACCAACCCCUUCAACGGUGUGUGGUUGGGGGAACUGACCAAGGUCUGGGGACAGCUGCUGGAUAAACUUAAGCACAGAGAGGGUAGGUGACCUCCAGGGCCCCAGGGAUUGGUGGAGCCGGGGUUUGCCUGGGCAGGCAGCCCCCUGCUCCCCCCACUGCUGUUUCCUCCUGUGCAAUUAUGAUCAACGACCCCAAGGCCUUCAAAUCAUCAGUUUACCAGUAUCACCAGUUCAGAUCUGAGCGUUGCUGGUGGGGCCUGAAGGGGCCUCCAACCACAGACCACAGCUGAGUUCCCCCUUUCCAGGCCGUUGGGUGAGGGUAGGUGCCUUGGUCCUCAAAGCUCUCAGGGAGACUUCAGCCUUGAGAAGUCUGGGGCCAUGGGGCCUGGGGCAGAGGGCUGGGACCAACUUUUGCUGACUAUGGCCACUGCUCUGAUGAUGUCCAUGAGGCUUCCAGGCUCCUGGGGGGCUAGGAUCAUUGGGGGCCGAGAGGUGACCCCGCACUCCCGUCCCUACAUGGCAUCGGUGAGCUUUGAGGGCCAGCAUCACUGCGGUGGCUUCCUGCUCCGUGCCCGCUGGGUGGUCUCAGCUGCCCACUGCCUCAUCGACAGAGACCCACGAACAGUCCGGGUGGUGCUGGGAGCUCACAACAUUCGCACCUCCGAGCCCACCCAGCAGGUGUUCAGCGUCUCAGCUGUCAUCAGGCACCCUGACUACCAGCCCACAACCCACGCCAAUGACAUCUGCCUGCUGCAGCUGAACAGCUCUGCCAUCCUGGGUCCUGCAGUGGGGCUGCUGAGGCUGCCCCAAAGGGGCACCAGGCCACCCAGGGCCGGGACGAGGUGCCAUGUGGCCGGCUGGGGCUCUGUGUCCAACUUUGAGGACUUGCCACCCGGGCUGAUGGAGGCCGAGGUCCGCGUGCUGGGCCUGGACGUCUGCAAUAGCUCCUGGAGGGGCCAGCUCAGCCCUACCAUGGUCUGCACCCAGAGUGGGGACCGACGGCGGCGAGGCUUCUGCUCGGCGGACUCCGGGGGGCCCCUGGUGUGCAGGAACCGGGCCCAUGGCCUCGUUUCCUUCUCUGGCCUCUGGUGUGGCGACCCCAAGACCCCAGAUGUAUACACACAGGUGUCUGCUUUCGUGACCUGGAUCUGGGGUGUGGUUCGGCAGCGACUCCACAGCCCCCAACUCAGCUCCUCACCCAGGACCACUGGGGCCCCCACAGGAGCUUCCUGAACCACAGCAGCACGGUGUAUCCAAAUGAGAUGACAACCAAUGCAAAUAGUUCUGGCCUGGAAGAUUCUGUGGCGGGGGCAGGGGGUCCACAGAACCUUCCAGGGCGCUUGGCGGGUGGGUGGGCAUAAAUUCCAAACAAAAAGGGCCAGAAUAUCUGAAUAAAAUGUUAACUGACAACCAGACAUGAUGGUCUACCCUCAUCCCUUGAGUUUCUUCUUGGCCU